AUGACAUCGGAUACUACUGCGGAUAUGGAAGUUAGUUUACGAGAAAAAUGGAUAAUAUCCAGCAGUGGCAGAAUCAACUCUGGAUCUACGUGCGCUGUUCUAUUAUCCAAACAAAAAUCUCCUCUUCAAUCAUCACUAUUGUUAUCGUCUGCCUAUGAAACGGUUGCUCAACUUAUCCAACGUCCUAAUUUUGUCACAACGAAGAAUGCAUUUGACAAUUUCUCAAUUCUCGAUAGUCUCAUUGAAGUUGUUGAUGAUCCAGUACUAAAUGGUGAUUCUAAUGAGCGAAAAUUUAUCGAUGUAGCACAAUUUCUAUCGGCAUCAUCUCAUGUCUAUUCUUGUCGAGUCGAUGCACUGUACAAACAAGCUCAUUUAUUCAUGCAAGGAAUUUUAACGACAGCAAGUAAAGAAGAGGACGGUGAAAGUUGCAAUGACGAGGAAGAAAAAGAAGAACAAUAUCAGACAACAAAAGAUGAAAAUUCAGGAACAUUAGAUCAGAACAAUAAUAUAAAUCCUGAGAAAGAAAGUGAAGCUGAGAAAGACAAUAUUCAACUAAAACGUGUUUCCAAAAAAUCUCGUUUACGUCAAUCUCAAUUAUGUGAUGAUAUUUCAAAAAUUACUUUACGCGACUGUCAACCAUCUCUGAUAACAAAUCAUCGUUUAAUCACUAUUCAACAACAUUUAUUUCAACAAUAUGUCGGUCAUACAAUUUCAACAUCCGAAGAUAUUUAUUGUCGACAAUAUUGGAAAACGGAUUCCCUACCAUUGUUUAUUGAACUUAUGUUUCUGUCGAAAGAACAAAAAGAAUCCGUGUCUAUUGUACGUAAUGAUCGUCAACGACUACAGUUACCUAUUGUACAGCCAUCAACAUCAUCAUCUGCAACAGAAGUUUGUUUCUCAGUAGUUGAGCAAGAACCUUUCUCGUCACCACAUCCUGAUACUUGUUCAUCAAUCGAAAUGAGCGAAGAGAAAUCAUCAGUGAUAGUAACAAGUCAGUUCGAUGAUGAUACUAAUUGGCCAUCAACGGAUGACAACGAUCAUUCGAUAGUUUUUCACCAACACCAAACUAAACUGGACUAUGUGGAUUUGUCUUCCAAUAAUUCUAAUUCGUCGGCAAUUAUGGAAACUAUGUCUCUUUUGCCAUCUUCAACACCAUCAAAAACUCAAAAAAAUCGUCGUUUAUCAUUUGAAGAGACACUGUUAGUAGACGGUGAAAUACGGGAAAAGAAAGAAAAAAUUCAACUUUUAACACGAGAUUUAUUUCGUCGACAAAUGAAUGAAUAUGAGCUUAACUUAUUCAAAGAAAAGAAACAUCUAACAUCAACAGCAAUAUCUCCAAAACAGCAGCAAAAAAUACAAAUGCAAAUCUAUGAUGCAUCUGAUUUUAUUGAUCUUACAAAAGGAUGUCGUUAUCCGUCUGAUUUUACUCAUACAUGCUUGCUAUCUCCUGUUUUGAAAGUAAAUUAUUUAACUGUUCAACAGCGUUAUGGACGUUCGACUUCGACCACUGCUACUCCAAUAAAAAACGAGAUGAUUGCAAAAGAUCGAAGCGACAACGAUGAUGAUCAAUCUUUACCACUUCCAUCUUUGUUAUUUUCCGAUAUUGUUACAGAGCAACAUGUUCCAUCGUCGACUGUUCUAGUCUUUCCAACAACAACGGAUGGAAACGAAGACAUGUUUGAUAUGACACUUAGAGCUGAAAUCAAUUCACUAUUAAAUGGAGCUACAACGGGACAAGAUUCAAAUCGAAAGAAGACAGAACAAUUUCUUUUAUUACGGUCGAUUUUAAAUAAAUAUUUAUUUGAAAAAAGAUCAACGGUUAAUUUUAUUGAACUGAUGAUUUAUUUAGUUAAAAAUCAGCACAAACUUUCAUUGGAUGCCCAAUAUUUAACAUUAAUUAAUGUCUUUAAUCAAUUAUUACAUUUAGCUGUUAGUUCAGAAAAAUUUUAUAUUCAAAAUACUGAAGAUGAAACAAUAUUGAUUCAGCCACGACAACCUUGGUUUUUUUAA